AUGAAGACAAUUUUUUUGCAGAGUUUGGACUUCUCGGGUGGCCAAUAUGCAGCUGCCAUUGAUGUUCCAAUGGUGUAUAUGGAAAAUCCUUAUAGUGAAAUUUAUAUAUCUCCUAAUGGUAUUCUCGGCUUUGGAGAACGACUACCAGGUAUGGAAUGCAUAAUGUAUGAAUGCUCUAUGAAUCAUGUGGCAGUAGAAUUUACAGAUGGAGUGAUACCGCUGCAGAGGUUGAACAAAAGUGCCAUAGCUCCGUUCUAUGCUCCUGUUGCUGAAGGAACUGAACUGUCUAUUAUAGGUAGUGUUGUAGAGCUCCUUCGUCGUCUUACGGAAUACAUCCAUAAGACUUUUGCCGAUAGUUCAGACUUCCAAACUUUACAAGCAAUGGUCGUCACUUGGGAUGGACUUCAAAACAAAGAGCAAGACGGCGGAGCGACAUUUCAGGUAUCGAAUCAUCCGACAGCGCUUAGACAAACGCACUACUCAUACGAUGAUAUUUUCAGCUGGCACUUGCGUCCGACGGGAACAUCAUUCAUUUUCCGCAUAUCUGGCUCAGCCAUAGAAGAUCCUCGAGAAAACGGUGAUGAUUACGAAUACACCAAUUACGAUCAAACCGAUUAUGAUGGUGACGAGCGAAAGCCGCGUAAGUUGCAGUAUCCAGCCGACUGCCCUCCGGAUCCGUAUAGUGAUAGAUGUCCAGAAGGAUGUAAUAUUCUCACAGAUGAACGUAUGUGCUCAAGAUGUGUUUGCGCAGGUGAGAAAGAAGUGAACUCUGUAAAAUUUGAGACUUUUUGGGAUGUGAAUUUUGUAAAUGUUACGAUUCUUUCUGCAGAACCAGUAGAGAGCAUCACCGAAGACGCCGUACACGAAAAACUUCCCGAACCUCCAGUGCAUCAUCAUCCAGAAGCUGGAGGAGAGACGACGCAGCAAAAGGAGCGACAGCGACAUCAACAACAUCAAGAACAAGAAAAUCAGCUUCCAGAAGCGGAGGAAAGGACAGAGGAACCUGGACAUCAGCAAGUAGAGGAAGAGGAACAAAAUCCCCAACGAAUUUCGGGGUCAUUCGAAGGAGUCAUCAAUGGAAAUUCGAUAGACCGAACAGAUCUUCAUACUUUCAUCACUGCUACCGAUGGAAAUGCAUAUACAGCUGUAUCGAAGAUCCCCACAGAUCUCGGAUCACCAUUUCUCAUCCUGAACCCUAUCGGUUCUAUCAUGGGAUGGCUAUUUGCUGAUGUGAAUCUUCAUACUUUCAUCACUGCGACCGAUGGAAAUGCAUAUACAGCUGUAUCGAAGAUCCCCACAGAUCUCGGAUCACCAUUCCUCAUCCUUAAUCCUAUCGGUUCUAUAAUGGGAUGGCUGUUUGCUGAUGUGAGUCGCGAGCAGAUCAUCACCUUCAGUUUUGGAAUAAGACUUUUUAACCGCGGUACCUAUACACAUAUGUUUGUAGGUGCAAUCGCCAAAGGUCUACAACGGUUUUCAACUGACUGGUGGCUUGUUUAA